UCUUCCCUCCUCUCUGCCUCUCUCUUCCCCCCAACCUUCAUGUUUGCCCUGUCGCUGUCUAACUCAAAUUCCUAUUUUCUCUCUCCAGAAUUUCUGCGCAGUGCGACCUACUCUCCGAGGAUAGGUUGAUGGUAAAUUAAGUAGAGCAAGGUCUUACGGCUGAGGCAACAUCAAUCGAGGCACACAAAGCGAAAAGCAUGGGAAAGGUGUCUCCACAAAAGAAGAGUGGCAAGAGAACUAAACAAACAAGACCAUUUCACAACUCAAGUGGCAAGUAUCUGAAACCAGGUGCUCUUGCUCAGCUUCGAUCCCAUAAGUCGUCCACUGUCAAGUCUUACAGGAAUUUUAGAAAGAAAAGAGUGGCGAUCUUGCAUUCGAGGAAAACAGAGAAUAGUGUAGCACCUGAAAACAAAGUACAUGAUAAAAGCCCUUUGAUGUUAUCGCCAGUGAAUUUGGCCAAACAAAAUUAUUUGUCUGCUACACCAAAGACUCCACGAAUUGAAAAUUGUCAAUCAGAUUCAAGGCUUGAGUCGCUUCCCAUGGAUUUAUUGGUCAAAAUAUUGUGCCAUUUGCACCAUGACCAACUGAAGGCAGUCUUCCAUGUUUCUCAAAGGAUUAGAAAAGCAGUUUUGAUAGCAAGGCAAUUCCACUUCAAUUAUACGACCCCAGAUCGCUCUCGCCAGGAAAUGUUAUGUACAACGACCCCCUGUCUCUCUGAUCAUUGGCCUUUUCUCUGCAAGGGCGAUGGGAAGAGUAUGAAAAUUUCAAGUCCGCACGCACCCAAAGCACCUAGGCAUGGGCCACGACCGCCUUCUCGCCUAAAACUUUCGGAGAUGCGGCAAGUUGCAGUUGUCCUUUUCAAGGAAUCAGCAUUCCCUUCUCGAUGUAUGAUGCCAUCAGUUUUACCAAAGCCCCUAUCGAAAAGCUUGGCUUCUAAUCGAGUUUUAUUCUACGAGGAUGAAUUAUGUCAGGCUGUUGCUCAGAACAAGCUUCGCUGAUAUAAUCAUGCCAUAUACAUAUACAUCUUUUUCAUCGCCUCAUGUUUUUCUGCUGUAUAGUUUCUGUCUCUAGUUUCUACGAGCAGUAGCGGUAAGAAUAACAAGAAUUCAAUACUUGUGUAUAGUGCUUUGUCUCCAGUUUCUUUUGGGGCAUUUUAGUCGGCGUGUAUAUUUCAAAUGUCUAAAAUGACGAGAGUUAUAAAAUAGCCGGGGUUACUUUUUAUAUUACCAAUACCUGUGUACGUCAAACAAUUGCUUGUUGUUUCUGUAUCGACACUUAGUUGCUCUUUCA